CCAUUAAACCAACCUUUAUAAAAAGCAGAUCAAGACUAUUGCAAAUCCAAAGAACCAGAAACUUCCGAAGUUCAGACCUCCCAUGGCGACGACCAAGACCUACUUCGCCAGACAGAACUACCGAUUUCUCUCUACUGACCACUCUCCUCUCGUGACUGAGUCCGGAUUCGAACUGGACGAGUCCGACAUCUACAACCUUUCGGCAACUCGCUCUGACGCGUCCGAGUUCCGCAGCAAGCCCGCUCCAAAUUCCAGAUUCUCCAAGAAAACAUCUAAGCGCGUUGACUCCACCUGCGGGACUCCGUCGUCACUUCCUGUCAAUAUACCGGACUGGUCCAAGAUUUUAAAGGACGAAUACCGGGACCAUCGGAGGAGAGAGAGUGAUGACGAUGAUGAUAACGUUGACGGCAAUGAUUCGUUCGAUGGAGGAUUUAGGAUCCCGCCGCACGAGAUCUUGGCGAGGACAAGGAUCGCGUCGUUCUCGGUGCAUGAAGGUGUUGGGAGGACUUUGAAAGGGAGGGAUCUGAGUAGAGUCAGAAAUGCAAUUUGGGAGAAAACCGGCUUCCAGGACUAGUUUUGAAAAUUUGGGUAUCUUAUGAAAUUACCACGGUACCCCUGAGGGAGGAUUAUAGCCGGAUUUAUGGCAGAUUUUGACUAUUUUUUUUCGUUGUUUUGGGUUUCAGUAGUUUUUCCGGCGACUGGAACGUGAGGGAGGGAAUCCUUUUUGAAUUUUAACGCUUGUAAUCCUAACCAGAGAGAUUUUGAUCGAGAUUUCAAGGGAAAUAUUAGUGCGGUUUCUUUGUCAUUUGAUCUUUCUAGCUCGUCUGUUUCUGUUCGAGUUUUGUUUGAUUAUUGAAAUGAAUUUGCGUCCAUUCAUUUUCCAA